UCUCGCCCCCUUCCAAGGUUUACUCUCCGCUUGCUUUCCUAGAUGGUUCAAUAAGGCAAUAACGCCGUGACAGGUCCUCUUUCCCACCCUGCACUUUGAAGGAAAAAAUACAUGCAAGGGAGCCAAUUUAUUUAAUAUUACUUGCAUUUUUUAUUUUAAUUUGUUGUCUUGUAUGCCUUUCAAGAGCGUCAAUCAAAUAUUUUUUUAAUCUAAUCGUAUUUUCUCUGAGAUGGAAAUGAGAUGUCGCCCAACAACGGUGAUGUGCUGUGCUCUUGCGGUUCUCUGCUCCAUCGCUCGUUCCGUAAAUGCUUCAUUCGGGGACAGACAGUACCUCAACGAAUGGGCGGUGGAGAUUCCCGGAGGACUGGACGCCGCCAGGUCCAUUGCCAAAGAACUGGACUACCGAGUAGUCCGCCAGAUUGGGGCGCUAGAAAACCAUUACUUGUUCAAACACCAGACUCAUCCCAGCAGGACGAAACGAAGUGCCGAUCACAUCACCAAACGCCUGUCCGAGGAUGAUCGGGUAUCAUGGGCGGAGCAACAAUAUGAGAAGCGGCGCAGUAAGCGGGCGUCACUGGGGUCAUGUCGGGACUGUCCGGUGGACGAGCUGUUCAAUGACCCUAUGUGGAACCAGCAGUGGUACCUGCAAGACACUCGGACGUCGUCCUCCCUGCCCAAGCUGGACCUCCACGUGAUUCCUGUGUGGAAGAAAGGGUUCACAGGAAAAGGAGUGGUCAUCACCGUGCUGGACGACGGUCUGGAGUGGAACCACACCGACAUCUAUCCCAACUAUGACACAGCAGCCAGCUACGAUUUCAAUGACAACGACCCUGACCCCUUCCCCAGGUACGACUCCACCAAUGAGAACAAGCAUGGGACCAGGUGUGCCGGUGAGAUCGCCAUGCAGGCAGACAACAAUAAAUGUGGAGUCGGGGUGGCGUACAACUCCAAGGUUGGAGGGAUCCGCAUGUUGGACGGUAUCGUGACGGAUGUCAUCGAGGCCAGUUCUAUUGGCUUCAAUUCGGACCACGUGGACAUCUACAGUGCCAGCUGGGGACCCAACGACGAUGGAAAAACGGUCGAGGGUCCCGGUCGCCUUGCGUCAAAAGCCUUUGAGUACGGCAUCCGGAAGGGCCGGGGAGGGAAGGGUUCUAUCUUCGUGUGGGCAUCAGGAAACGGGGGCCGCCAGGGAGACAACUGCGACUGCGAUGGCUACACAGACAGCAUAUACACCAUCUCCAUCAGCAGUGCCUCCCAGCAGGGCCUGUCACCCUGGUACGCUGAGAAGUGCUCCUCCACCCUGGCUACCGCCUACAGCAGCGGAGACUACACCGACCAGAGAAUAACCAGUGCUGAUUUGCAUAAUGAAUGCACAGAGACACACACAGGAACCUCCGCCUCCGCGCCACUAGCUGCUGGGAUAUUUGCCCUCGCACUGGAACAGAACCCUGAGCUGACGUGGAGGGAUGUGCAGCACUUGGUGGUGUGGACGUCUGAGUUCGACCCGCUGGCCAACAACCCCGGCUGGAAGAGGAACGGGGCAGGCCUGAUGGUCAACAGUCGUUUUGGCUUCGGCCUGCUCAAUGCCAAGGCCCUGGUGGACCUGGCCGACCCGGCCACCUGGAAACACGUCCCUGAGAAGAAACAGUGCAUAAUCAGGGAUGACUCCUUCCAGCCCAGGGCAUUGAAAGCAGCAGGAGAGAUCACCAUUGAGAUCCCCACCAAGGCCUGUAAUGGCCAGGACAACGCUGUCCUCUCACUGGAGCAUGUGCAAGUGGAGGCCAGUAUCGAGUACACCAGGAGAGGAGACCUACACAUCACACUCACAUCCCCAUCAGGCACUAGCACGGUCCUGCUGGCAGAGAGAGAGAGGGACAUGUCAUCUAACGGCUUCAGGAACUGGGACUUCAUGUCUGUUCACACCUGGGGAGAAGACCCCACUGGCACCUGGACCCUCAAGAUAACAGACACGUCCGGGCGGAUGGAGAACGAAGGCCAGAUCCUGACCUGGAAGUUGAUUCUCCACGGCACGUCAGAGAAGCCCGAGCACAUGAAGAAACCCAGAGUGUAUGUCCCUUACAACGCUGUCCAGAAUGACCGUAGAGGAGUAGAGCACAUGGACGACAUGAUGGAGGAACUGUCCACCCAGGCUGAGGCCCACUCACCGCAGAAGACUCAACCCCCUCCUUCUGCCACCCCCAAGAUGAAGCAGAUGAGGCCCUCCUCCCCACCCCUGUCACCCUCCCUGGCCCUCCUGCGUCUCCUCCAGAUGGCCUUCAACCGGCAGACCCCCGCCGCCCUGCCCCAGUCCCCAGAAAAGGCCCCCUCUAGCAGGGGAGAGCAGCACCAGGGCAGGCCAUACUCCAUUCCAGGGGGAGCAGGCCCUCGCAUCGCUCCCCAGAAGCUGUACCAGGCCCUGGACAGGAUCAACCAGUACCAGCGGGCCGGGCAGGAUGAAAGCCUUUACAGCGACUACAGUGACGGCUUCUACAGAGCCAAGCCCUACAGGCACAGAGAUGACCGGCUGCUGCAAGCACUCUUCAACAUGCUCUCUAACGACAGGCAGUGAGGGAGGGGGGGCAUGGGGUGGAACUCAGUGUGUGCAGGCUUUUGUUCCAGACCCAACAUAUCCAGCCCUGUAGGAUUCAGGGCCGAUUGAACUAAUCAUGGUUUACAUUGAAGAUUGUGCUUAGUUAACUAACGGUAGUUGAAUCAGGUGUGUUAGUGCUGGGCUCAAGCCUACACAUCCCUGCGGUUCUCCUUGGUCAAGAUUGGCCACCCCGGGGUAAGGUGUGAGAGAGAUAGGGUGAGGGGUGGCGGCGGCUGGGCAUGGGAGGAGCAUGCGAGAGAGCGGGAGAGUGAAAGCCAGAGAGAAACUCUUCCAGCCAAAUGUGUUGUUGUUUUUCCAAAACUCUGCUUUUCUUACCUUGCAGCAUUCUAGCCUGUCUCUCUGUCUAUCUGUCUUUCAUUCUGCACAGUUGUAGGUCGGUUGCAUCUCAAUUCCCGGAAGUAGCUUUCCUUCCUCCUCCCCCUCCUCCUAAUGUAGUGAAACCUAGCUAGCCCAUAGACUUCCGCCAUAUUGUUUCAGUCUUCUAAGAUCAGUAUGCAUGAAAGAAAAGAGGCAAGGAAAGGGGGCCCAAAUAGAAUACUUAGAUUCAACUAGGAUUCCAUUCCACCUGCCUCCUCCAGCCAUCUAUCCACCUAUAUCCACCAUCAUUCCACCCCCUUCCUCCAGCCAUCUAUCCACCUCUAUCCACCAUCAUUCCACCCCCUUCCUCCAGCCAUCUAUCCACCACCUCCUCCAACCACCUAUCAACCUCUAUCCACCAUCAUUCCACCCCUCCACCAGCUAUCUAUCCACCAUCAUUCCACCCCCUUCCUCCAGCCAUCUAUCCACCACCUCCUCCAACCAUCUAUCCACCUAUAUCCACCAUCAUUCCACCCCCUUCCUCCAGCCAUCUAUCCACCUCUAUCCACCAUCAUUCCACUCCCUUCCUCCAGCCAUCUAUCCACCACCUCCUCCAACCACCUAUCCACCUCUAUCCACCAUCAUUCCACCCCUCCACCAGCUAUCUAUCCACCAUCAUUCCAUCCCUUCCUCCAGCCAUCUUUCCACCACAGGAUGGGUCCCAAUAGUCUUAAAGGGACACUUCACUUCAAAACAAAAGUUAGUAAGAUGUUUUCAGGCCUCAAAAGUGGUCUGGUGUAGAGAUGAGUUCACGUACCAGGACACAUGUUUUUUUAGAUCCAACUGUAUGCCUCAACCCCAAAUUAAUGAAAAAAUAUAGGCACUGAAUAAGGAAAGGAAAGGGGGCCCAAAUAGAAUACUUAGAUUCAACUAGGAUUCCAUUCCACCCGCCUCCUCCAGCCAUUUAUCCACCUCUAUCCACCAUCAUUCCACCCUCUUCCUCCAGCCAUCUAUCCACCUAUAUCCACCAUCAUUCCACCCCCUUCCUCCAGCCAUCUAUCCACCUCUAUCCACCAUCAUUCCACCCCCUUCCUCCAGCCAUCUAUCCACCACCUCCUCCAACCACCUAUCCACCUCUAUCCACCAUCAUUCCACCCCUCCACCAUCUAUCUAUCCACCAUCAUUCCAUCCCUUCCUCCAGCCAUCUUUCCACCUCAGGAUGGGUCCCAAUAGUCUUCAAGGGACACUUCACUUCAAAACAAAAGUUAGUAAGAUGUUUUCAGGCCUCAAAAGUGGUCUGGUGUAGAGAUGAGUUCACGUACCAGGACACGUGUUUUUUUAGAUCCAACUGUAUGCCUCAACCCCAAAUUAAUGAAAAAAUAUAGGCACUGAAUAAAAUUAGGAAAUGUAUUUCCAUUCGUCCAGAUUAAGGAAAGGUAUUUCCAUUCAUUCCAGAUUUGGCAUAUAUAUGUAGCUUGAUCUACUCAAGAUUUGACACGGGACAUAGACUCAUCUGUUCAUAACUUUUUGGGUAUGAAUCGUCAGACAAAACAAACUUGAUUUUUGAGUCCCAAGAGACAGAGAGAAAAAUAUUAAUAAUUGUAUAUAUUUAGUAUAUCAAUUAUAUUUUGAGGCUCUAUUUAUCACCUUUACCUAUCAGUGGUAUUGAAUAAAUGGAGACAAGAGAAGGAGAUAAGGAAAUAACAUUAAGACUUUUGGGACACAGCUCUAUUCUCCCUUCACUCUACCACCUGCUUGAGCAUGCUACCUUCAGAAUAUAAAUUUCAUAAUUGUUUUAUGACUGACAUGAUCAAAUAUUAUACAAAGACAAUGAUUGUAAUGUUGUUUUUAAAUAUACUUGGCCUCUAAAAUAUCCACCUCUCUAAACUCUAACUCUGAAAUAUCGAUUUAAUAUUUAUACUUUGACAUGUUUAUUUUGUCAUGUAUUUGUUUUCUGUAAGAGUAGAAGUACUCACCUUGCUACUGUAUCUUAAACCCAAAUCCUAAUUUGAAGAAUGUGAUUUUAAGAUAUAUGCACAAUUUCAAGUUAGGUUUACGACUAUACUUUAAUAUGCAUAAAAAAUGCAGUCCUCGUACUGAUUGUUUUUCAAACUGAAAGCUCAAAGAUGUUGAUAUGUGGCAUAUUCUUCACAGGGUGUCAACAAAGCAUUGGAGAGUUUGAGAACAGCAGUCUUUUACCCGGUUCUCUUGAGAAAAAAAAGUUAAGUUCUUGGGGAAAUUCUUUAAAUAUUUUAUUUUUUAAACAACAACAUACAGUCUAAAACAAAAUAAAUUGGGAAGAUAACUGACCAAGAAUCAAUUGGUUGUGUCAUUUUUAUGGAUGUUAUCCGACCUUAUAAGAUAUAAAUACAUAUGAUGAAUAUGAUUGAAGCUUUUGCAAAUUGGCAAUGUUGAAACCAUCUGAAUACUUAUGUAUUUUAACUGCUCAUAUAAAAUAACUAUAAAAAACAUUUUCUUAAGUAUCAUACAAAUGUUGUGCAAUUUGAUUCAUUUUAUAUUCAAAAGUACAAUGCUGCAUUAAAUGAAAUAUUUUUCUAAAAAAAAUAUAUAUGUAUGUAUAUAUUUAUAUAUAUAUCCCUUAAAGUCAUUUUAUUUUAGAUUUAGUCAAAUUCUAGGUUUAUAUUAAUAAAACUAAAUGGAAUUAUUAAUAGAAAUGAACACUGCCAACCUGUUGUGCUGCCAAAUUUUGUAAACGUUUUCCUGUGUUUGGGUGAUUGUAAAACAGGCUUCGAUGUUGUUGCUUCAUUUACAAACUCAUAUUAAUACAACUACAUGGUUAUAUGCAACUUAUUGGAUAUUUUCAUUUAUACAAUAUUUUGGUAUUAGUGGACUUUCCUGAUUCAAUCCAGUUAUACUUUACUGUAGGUGGGGCUUCACACCAAAAAAACAUAACACAUUUAUAGUAUAAUGCCUUCAUAUGCCCUACAUAAACAUUCACGUUUAUGCUCAACUGCAGGUUGGUAGAUGUCACUGCAUUAUCUUAUGGCAACUUGCGGUUGAUAAGCUUAGCUGACAUUUGCAUGUAUAAAUGCUUAUGUAGUGAUUAUGACAGUGUUAGGAACUGCUAUGAAUGUGCUACAUAGCCCUAUGUAUGUAAAGCCCCAUACACUACAGUGUUCAGUAUCCCCUGUUUUCUGUGGUAUUGGCUCUAGCUCUACUCUCUGCCAAACAAGGUGAAAGAUUGAGAUGACAGAUGAAGAAUGGUUUACAUGCAUCCUGUAAUUUAUACAUCUUUCAAUGUAGCCAGUGUUGUUGAUCUGUUUGUUAAUAUUUUGGAAUUGAUUGAUGCUUCUGUCCAAGAGUUGAAAUAAGAGUUGAAAUAUGUCGCUAUUUAUGUAUGGAUGUACAAAAUGAGAUUUAUCGUAAUAAACUGCAAAGUAACCUGG